AUGCCUUACAAUAUUCUCAUCUGGAAUGCUCGGGGUGUGGCUAAUAAGAGCACUCAGAGCACCAUUAAAUAUCUAAUAAAGACUCACAGAAUCUCUGUUUUGGCUAUCAUUGAGCCUCUGAUAAAACCAAAACCAGACGUUUUUAGUAGAAUGUUUGGUCUUCAAUAUAAAGGUGCUAAUGAAAAUGGGCAGAUUUGGAUUUUUGCUGAAAAUGGAACGGAAAUGGAUGAGUGGGACUCCUCAGAGCAAGUACUUCAUGCUCGUUUUUUGACAGAUGGACUCCCUGCUCCUUUUUUCCUAUCUGUGGUUUAUGGGAAAUGUUCUAGAGAAGCAAGGCUGCCUCUUUGGGAGAAGUUAAGGGCCCUUGCAGUUAAAUGUGAGAGCCUCCCAUGGAUGGUGGGAGGGGAUUUCAAUAUCUUCACCUCUGAGGAUGAGAGACAAGGAGCUAGCCUCAGAAAGAGCAGGACAAGAGAGAUGUCUGAUUUUGUAAAUGCUAUUAGUGACUGCCAGCUCAUGGAUCUUGGGGCAGAUGGUGCAAAAUUCACAUGGGCUAGAGGAGACACGUUUGAGAGACUUGAUAGGGCCUUGAUUGGUGAGGGGUGGUUGGACAUGUUUGCCUCAACCAGAGUCACUAACUUACCAAGGGUCAUGUCUGAUCAUGGUCCUUUGCUUAUACAAUGCCAGCUACCAGGUCCUCAUAUCCGGCCACCGUUCAGAUUUCAAAACAUGUGGACAAGACAUCAUUCUUUCUUGAAGGAAGUGGAGAAAAGCUGGAUUGAGGCUACGGGUGCUCAGGGUAUGGUGAACUUGCAUUUAAAGUUAGGCAGGGUGAAGAAGUGUUUAAAAUGGUGGAACAAGAAUGUGUUUGGAAAUAUUUUUGAAAGGGUAAAAAAAGCUGACAUGGAGGCUCAAGAGGCCCUUAAAAGAUUUGAGCAAGAUCAAUCUCCUUGUAAUAGAACUGAGAUGAAUAGAACAGCUGCUGAGCUUGUCUUAAGGUUAAAAAUGGAGGAAGACUACUGGAAACAAAAAGCAGCUAUUAGAUGGUCUGUUGAGGGAGAAAGGAAUACCAAAUUUUUUCAAGGGUGGGUCAAGCAAAAGAGAGCCAAAUCAAGGAUUCAUUCUAUUGAAGAGGAAGGCCAAGUCAUAUCUGAAGAUGGGGAUUUAAGAGCUUCGGCUGUUAAUUUCUUUCAAUCCCUGCUGUCCUCUGAUAUUGAGCACCUCCAGGAGCCAAAGUUAGACAUCCUAAGCUCCCUCCCCACCGACUUUAAUUUGGAGGCUUUGGAAAGGACUCCAACAAUAGAAGAGGUAAAGAGAGUGGUUUUGAUAUUAAUGCUGAUAGUGCUUCAGGGCCUGAUGGGUUUUCUUCGCUUUUCUACCAAACUUGCUGGGACUUAG